AUGAAACUAAAGGCCCUUUGGUUCAAGUUGGAAUCGCCCUUCCUGAACCUAACCCCGCGUGCUAGGCUGCUUCAAAUUGGAAGGUUUUGCUCAUCUUUGUUUGUGGUAAUAUCCAUCUACCUACUAGUGUCCGUUCCUAGAAGCGGUAAUCACUACUAUAUGGGUAGAUUGGAUUGCAGCCAUGUCGAUGUUAGUAACGGUAUCUUUGCCUCUUUGCAAAGUUCUUUGAAUCAUCCGCAUAAUAGCAACGGUGAUGAUACUUUUACGACCACCUCAGAGAUCUCGAUCUUAGCUCAGUAUAUAGGAAAGGAGGUGUCAACGGCUGCUCAGUUUAUCAAUACCAAUAUUUUGGGGUGGUGCUCUGGAACCUAUAGUUCUGUGGAAAUGUAUAAUCCUGCAACAAGCACUUUCGAGCUUGUCAGUGAGGAUAGUGCUAAUAUGAGAUGCUCUCCCCUUAGUGCCAACUAUGUGUUCGAUUACAGAGGCCAGCUGUCAGAUAUUGGAUUAAACAUUGUGCUUUCUUACGCAUAUUCCUCGAACGAUUACUCUCCAGAAGCGAAAUAUGUUCCCGACAAGCAGUAUCGAGCGGAUCUAAAGGAGCGUCGCCAAAAGAAUCAGGCUGUCAUAUACAUGUUGUUGAUAGCGAUGGCUGUCCAUAUUUUGAUCUUCGUAUUGGGAAUAAUAUACUAUGGUAGAAGGGGAGUCAAAAAAAACGAUAAGUCUCUUCCUGCCUUGCCCAAGCAUAUCUUUGGUGUCGCUGCCAUUGUUGCUUUUCUUCUCAUGUUUGUGGCAUUUUUGAUAGAUGUUUCGGUUCUUGAGGAGAUUAAAAAGGAGAUUAAAGGAGAUUUGGGAGACUUUGGCUUGUCCUUUCACUUGAACCCGGCUUGGAUAUCUGUCUUUUGUAUUGCUAUGCUUCUCAGCUUCAUCAGCAUCUUCGUGUGGGGGGGUCCAAUAUGGUGUGCUGCAGCUCCAAUUAAUGCCCUUGACGAUGAUAAUGUUGAAGAGAUGUUAGUUCAUUCAUAUUCUCCUGAUGCAGAACUUUGUCGCUCGUCUGAUUCUGAAGAGUCCAUUCUUAAUCCUUUUGCUGAUACUGUAAGCGAGGAUUAUAUGGAUAUGUCCAAAAAUUCGCCUAUGGAAAUGACCACGCUGACUGACACGGAUUCUCUUAGCAGCGAGGACUCAUCCACGAGGCGUGUUCUCUGUGGCCAGCAAACUCAAAGUGAUUUACUCCUAAAUAGUAAGAGGUAUCGAAGGCCUACCUUACCACCAAUUUAG